UGGAGUUUCCCUUGCUUUUUCCUUUCUUUUACUGCCCUCUCUUCGUCCCAUGACAUGAAAGAUGAACACCAUGAGGUGGACCCUUUACUACCGACAGACUUGGAUAUGGGCCAACGUCUGACACGCCAAAGAAGACAUUUACCCACGUCCAUCACUUCAGCUGUCGAAUCGCAAAAGAAGAAACAAAAAACCCAUGGUGACCAUAGCAAACAGUUUCAUCAUUUGCCUUUGCUGACCAUGUCCACUUUUCGUCGUUCUACUGUACGAGCCAAAGAGGACGAUAACGAUGAUGAUGAUGAUGAUGAUGAUGAUGAUGACGAUUCUGUAGGAGAAUCAGACGUAUCAGCAGCAACCACCCUGUAUGAGAGUUGUAGUAGUAGCAGUAGCAGCAGCAGCAGUCAUAUUCGCUCAAGACGGAGAAAGCCAAUCAGAGAGAAUCCUUUAGCAAAAGAGAGAGCUCGACAAUUUGUCCUCGCCCAUACUUUUGAGAAAAAAGGAGGCCCACACCAAAAACGUGACAGAAAGAGAGCCUAUAAAAGAUACGUGUGCUUUAUAGUGAUCUUUUUCUGGAUGGUCUUUCUUUUGUAUCGUUUAUUGAAGAGCAUUCAAUUUCGUGAUCCUCACUAUCUGAAUUUGAUCUUUCUUUUUCGAAAGAAAUAAAAAAAAAAGCAUUAUCCUUUCAACAAUGUGCUUCCCGCGCUGUUUUUACAUUUUCUAUAGUCCAAUUCAGGGGUGAACGAUCAACGAACAAAAAGGAUCAGUGCAUAGAAUACAACAACAAUAACAACAUGGUUCAUUAGCACAAAAGAACUGUUUUUGUCUUGACCGCUCCCUCUCUCUCACACACACACAUACACUGUCCCUCACACACACACAUAAACCUUGACUGGGUCCCUGUCUUCUUUUACAGUCUCAAUGAAUCCUUAGUACACGCUCUCUUUUCUGACAUGUUGGUCAUGGUCCUUUCAUUAUGCUGCUUCCUUUGUGUUACCUUUUAAGUGCUACUGUACCGUGGGGUUGGGGGUUG